ACAAUUCUAGUUGCAAAAUGCCUUCACUGAAGGAGAUUAAAGAUCUUGUGAUCAAAUACGCAGUGUUUUGUGUGACGGUUCCGCCUCGACAUAGACGGGGCACUGCCAUUGUUUUCUCUGGCAACGUUGUCGUGCCCAUUGCAGUGCCCGUUGCCGUGCCCAUUGCACUGCCUGUUGCUCCUAUUUUGCCCCCUUCUGCAGUCGGAAUUGUGCGGCCUCUAGCGUACUUUAAACCCGGGGCCGGGGGCGACUGCAUUGAUCACAUGUCUGAAGAACAGAGAGCUGCAUACCCGGAAUAUCUCCGCUAUGUCCGCCGCCUCACCAUCUCGAUGAAAGACAACGUCAUCUCAGACCGAGAGCGUCUGCCGCCAUUACGAUGA